AUGGAUACCAAGUCCGCUGCCAUGGACGAUCAGAACCGGGGUCCGACUAUCGUCGCAGUAUGCUGGGUUCUGUUCAUUGUGCCGGCCAUGAUGGCAGGGUUGCGAUUUUGGUGUAAAGCCAAGCUGAGUCGAGGACUUGGUCUAGAUGACCUGAUUCUAAGUGUCUCUUUGUCAAUCCUUCUCGUCUACACGGCCCUCAUUACUAAGGCUGUAAGUAUGGGGGUCAUUGGUCGCCAUGUAUUCGCCAUCGAAGAUCAAGAGAGUAUACCACCUGCCCUCAAGCUCGUCUAUAUUAGUUACGUGCUCAUUAUCAUUGGCUGUGUGCUGAGCAAAACCUCUUUUGCCUUCACGCUGCUGCGGAUCGUGACUCGCCCCUGGAUGAAAGUACUUAUCUGGUUCAUCAUUGUGUCCAUGAACGCUAUUAUGUGGUUGUGUGCGAUCUCAUACCUGGCCCAGUGCAGACCUGCAGCUGCUCUGUGGAACGUAAAGCUCAUGGCUACAGCGAAGUGCUGGCCGACGAACGUUUUCGAAACCAUUGCUCUUGUUGCAGGAUCCUAUUCGGGAUGCAUGGAUUUCAUUCUUUCAGUGCUACCGUGGAUCGUCCUCUGGGAACUUGAAAUGAAGAAGCGAGAGAAGGCUGGUAUUGCUCUUGCCAUGAGCAUGGGCAUAUUCGCCGCUGUUACCGCGUUCAUCAAAACAUCUAAACUGGUCAAUGUGGCUCAGGUCCAAGACUUUACCUGGUUUUGCUCCAGUCUUACCAUCUGGGCAGCCGCUGAGACGGGCCUGACCAUCUUCGCUGCCUCCAUUCCCGCUCUCCGCCUGCUUGUCAUUCGUGCUCGCUCCAAUUACGAUGAUUAUCCGACCCAACAGUCCUCCAGACAAAGCCGAUCCGAUAGAUCGCACAACCGCGAUGGCGCGCAGGAAAUGCAAUUGGUUGCGUUUGAGACAAACCACCCGAACAGCAGCGUCAAAAGCUUCAUCAGCAAAAAUGGGGUUAACACCACAGAGGUCACCCCCGACGCAUAA